UGGGGCGGAGGAGCGGGGGGCUUGUUAAUGAAAAGUUUAUUGAUCCGUUUUGCCAGUUUUUGUUUCGUUUACCUUUGUCUUCUAAAGACUAAACCCUUCCUGAUAAUUUCUUUGGCAUCGUGUUCUUUUUUUUUUCUUUUUUUUUUUUUUUUAAAGGGGAAUAGGAAGUUUAGAAAAUAAAUAAUUAAGUCUCAACUGACUUCUUAAGCAACAAAAGAGGUUGCCAAGCGAGGACAAUCAAAUUCUAGAAUAUCUAGAGAUUGGAUUUCAUUCCUUUUCCGUGAUACCCACUGGACUUUCUGUUUCUGGGUGUGCGUGUGGGUUUUUUGUUUGUUUGUUUGUUUCCCACACAGAAAACCUGCAGCCAAAGUAAGGUCUGUGUGUGCUCUAAUGAGCCAUCCCAUAAAAUGUGCUGUGUGACUCCCAGUAAGUAUUUGAAUUGAAGUGUAAUAGUUUUGAAGUGGUGGUGAACAAAAAUCUUUAUGUUGGGUUAUUGAUCUGCUGAUGAAAGGCGUUUGAAUUUGAAAAGGGUUUAGUUUAGGGGUUUUGUGUGUUUAAAGGUUUUUUAAGGCAACAUUUUUUUUUUUUUUCCAUUUCUGAAAUGACCUUGAGAGCUUUAAAACUACAUCAGUUUCUACCAGUGGGUUUGAGGGGGAGGCAGUAGCAGAAGGAUCUAGUGAAAAUCGAAAAUAGAAAUGGGAACUGAAGUAGAUGCAGUGAAAUAUUUUCUUAUAGAAGUAUGAGAAAAGGGAAGUUUUUGUAAGAAUGUGUGAAAAAGAAGAGAGGGAAAUAACGCAGUUUCAGAUGCAAGGAGAGAGAGGGAGCAUAUCAUUCUUCACAUUUUAUUAGGCCCUGAAAUGCAGGAGUGAUAUGAUCUGGAAGACACAGAAAUAAAACGCCUAACUACAAGUUGAAUAGCAGGCAUUGACUUGCUGACCAGUGCUUACAUGGUUGGUGGGGGCUGGUUUUGUGUCUGCAAAGGUGCUGGGGUUCUUUGUGUCACUGAGAGAACCGAUGGAUACACUUGCUUGAACACAGACGAAAACAAAAAGGAAAAUCUUUUUCUUGUGGAAGAAAUCUUCCUGGCAAAGGUGUUUUAGCUUAGACUUCUGAGCAGAUGUUGGAGAACUUUACAAGUGUCCUUAUUGUGAUCAGUGAGCAUCCCCAAAGAACUGAAACCUUACAUUAAAACACGUAAUAGGGAACAGAACGUAGGAAACAUGCCAACUCAGCCUCUCUUGGCAUACAUGGAUGGACCGGAUGGAAUAGCGAGUACCGUUGGUGCACAGAUGGAGAAUAAUGAUGCCUCAAUGACAAUAAAAGGAACAAACACAAUUUCUUACAAAAGCUUGCAAGAAAAGUUUCUCAUGCAAGCUGAGGGAUGCAUGCCUCUGGACUGCAUGUUCUGUGAUGAGACUUUUAAACAUCCUGAAGAACUUGGUAAGCAUGUUUUAACGCAGCAUAGGCCCACUCUUUGUGAACCAGCUGUCCUGCGUGUUGAAGCAGAGUAUCUUAGUCCUCUAGAUAAAUGUCAAGUAAGAACAAACUUGCCUUUACCAAACAAUGAAAAAGACAGUGAAGAAUUGAGUUGUAAAGUUUGUGGACAAACAUUUCGUGAGGCUUUUGACGUUGAGGCGCACAUGAAAAAGCAUAAAGAUUCUUUCACCUAUUGGUGUAAUGUAUGUGGAAGAAGAUUUAAAGAGCCGUGGUUCCUCAAAAAUCACAUGAGAACACAUACUGGAAAGCCUGGUUCUAGGAACAAGCACCAACAAGGUUCUGAAAGCCCCAUAACAAUAAAUGAGGUGGUGCAGGAGCAUGUAACUGAAAAUGUAACGUCACCUUACAAAAUUUGUAUGGUUUGUGGUUUCCUAUUUCACAAUAAAGAGACUCUAAUUGAGCACAGUAAAAUGCACACCAAAGAAUCAGUACCCAGUGGUGAAAGCCCCCAAGUGACUGGUGAACCUAAUGCAGAAGAAACAUCUCAGAAAGAAGAAUUUUUUCGAUUCUUGAACUUAAGACCAAACUCUGUUCCAGAAAACACAUCACAAAAGCCUGUGAAAUGGAUAGCUGAACUAGAUCCUUUCACCACGUAUCAAGCAUGGCAGCUGGCUACCAAAGGUAAAAUUGCAGUUGGCCGUGGCCAAACUAAAGAAUUAGGGCAUGAAGUAAGUACAGACAAUGAUGAUUCAUCUUCUGAUAAAGAAGAACUCGGUGAAAUUUGGAAUGCAAAUAAAGGUAGCCAGACUGAAACUACUGGGAAGUCAAGAGUAAAUAAAAACAGCAGUUACACAGGGAACGGUAACUUAUCCCAAGUCAAAUUGAAACAUCCCAGUGGUGAAGUGCCUUCUAUGGAGGUGGAUUCUAAAUUGCCCCAGAACAAAGAGAAACCAACACACUGUUCACAGUGUGGUAAAGCCUUCAGAACAUACCACCAGCUAGUCCUUCAUUCCAGAGUACAUAAGAGAGACAGGCGGACUGAUGCAGAGACUUCAGCUGUUUCCAGGACAUGCUGUGCUGAUAUAAUUGCAAGUCUGGAUGAAAAUGGAACAGGAGAACGGAUAGAAGGAGGCUCUGAAGAUGGAUCUGAAGAUGGGCUUCCAGAAACACUUAAUAUAGGUGAAAAACCGUACAAAUGUGAAUUCUGUGAGUAUGCAGCAGCACAGAAAACUUCACUGAGGUAUCAUUUAGAGAGGCAUCACAAGGACAAGCAAGCUGAUAGUGCAGCAGACGUGAAAAGUGACAGCAAAGUUUCAUUGCAGAGUCAGGAGCUCUUGCUGGCUACUGUUGGUGCUCAAGAAACCAAAAAUUCGAAGAAGCUUUUUGAUUGUGCCAAAGAUGCUGUGUGCUGCCCAGCUACCAAGCAGCAAAAGGAAGUUCUGUCCUUGAAUAAUGCAAUAGGCAGCACAGUCCUUUUAAAAAUGAAAAAUAAUUCUAGGGAAUUGAACAAAGGUUCCAUUUGUAACAAUUCAACUAAAAUACAAGAGAAUGUGUCCACUCCUUACCCAGAAAAACUAAAGGCUGAGAAGGAAGCAAAGGAAGCUCAGCCCUGUAUUCCUUAUAAAAGAGAGAGAAAGGCUUCUGUGGCAUCAGAGGGAGAUGAUGUCCAGUAUGUUUGUGCUGUAAAGGGUGGAAAAAUUGUGAAUGAUGUGCGAGAGUGCGCUGGAAACUACAAACACAAACCUGUGGUGGACUCUCAAGAAAAGCCCUUGAACUUAUGUAUUGGGACUUCACAAGAAUGUUCAGUGGUUUCAACUAAAGACCUGCUAGCACCCAGCGCCUGUUCGUUUUGUGGUUACAGAACAUUUUACCCAGAAGUCCUAAUGAUGCACCAGAGACUGAUGCACAAAUACAAUCCUGACACUGUCAACAAAAAUGGCUGUAGAAACAAGGCUCUAGCUAAAGCCAGACGCACUGGAUGCCCUCCAGCUCUGCUUGGUAAAGAUGUGCUUCCUCUGUCUUUUAAUACUAAUAGAAGUAAGGCUUCCCCAUCUACACAGCAAAAACAGUUGCAAAUGGGGAAAGCUAAACAGUGUCACCCUCCGCAGAACAAAGUCCCUCUCUUUUCAGUGACUGACUCAAGCAGCACAGCCCCAAGUAACCUCAAGUUUCAUAAACAGCAAAGUAAUAUUGGAGCUCAGGCGAAUAACUAUAGACAACCUCAGCAGGAAAUGCACUCCAGUUCCAGUAUCUCUCCAGUGUUGGACAGAGUAAAAAGAUCUGAAUCUAAAUUCAAAGCUCCAAGUGUCCCAGUGUCUCAAUCUGGUCUAGUAAGCAGCAGUAUGAAUGCGGCUCUUGACUCCCACCUAAAUGAAUCUGCCUGGCCUUGUCAUCGAGGAAGAGACUAUCUUUGUGGUAAAUCUGUGAGCAAUGUAAAUCUAGAGUAUGGUGAAACGUCUUCUAAACGAAUGAAACCUAAUCUGUUAGCUGUUGAACAUACUGACUCUCCAAUGGCUAAUUACAGAAGAUACGAAAUGGGCAGAUUUCGUGCUGCAAACAGAUAUGCAAAUCUGCUACCUCAGGAAUGUUCUCGCACCAAACCUGCAUCCUCUGUUUUGCCAACCAAGCAAGGGCUUCUGAAUUCAGAUGAUGUUGAUCCUCCUAAUGUAUUGACUGUUCUCAAACCUUAUGAGCCAUAUAGCUCUGGAUCACUUUACAGUUCUUGUGGAUCUAGCAAUGGCCAAGUAACCAGCUCUGCUGUAGAAGGAAAGAGAUCAGUGUCGUACCAACACUUACCUAGCAGUGUGCUACAGAAGCGAAGUUACGAAAGCUUCAUUGGUAAUGCACACUUUCGACCAAGUGACAAGAGGACUUGAUCAUUUACUUCAAGAAACGGUCUAAGGAUACAAGUGCAUGUUCUAUGGAGUUAUACCUGCAGUUCAUCUCUUGAGGAAAAAUGGUGAAAGCUACUGAACUAAGCUGUGAUUGUACUAUAUAUAGAAACACUACAGUUUUAUAAUACUGGUUCUGUUAACAUUUUGUACCAAAUAGCCAUAAAAAGUAGUUUAAACAAUUGGGUUAUGAAGGUGUGUGGAGAAUGUUUAUCUUGACAUUGACUUUUAAGUAUUUUUCAUUAGAAUUAAUUGACCAAAUAUUAGGUAGGAAUUAUAUUUUUACAUACUUGAGUGCUGCUGAAGAGUUUCUCUUUGAAAGAAUAUAUAAUCCUUGCACCUCAGGUAACUGUAAAUGCUGAAGUUGAAAUCCUGUUGACUUAAUGCUUCUUUUUCAUAAGGUUGAAAGUUUCUCAUCUUUUUUUCUGUUGAACUAUGUUAGUUUUUUAAAACAAUUUCCAAAUAAACUUUCUGAAACUGUCCAGUUAAUAAAUGUUGUGAACAUCAAAGCAAUGGUGCUGCCAUUUUGCUUGUAUAUGUUGUAUAUGCUGCCUUGUAUAUGUUUGGACCAUAAUGUGUUGGGGAGGGAUCUGUUUCCCUGGGGUUGUUUCCAGCAUAUUUUUAAAUGCAAGGAUGAGGCAAUACUUGACAUUUGGAUUUCAGUGUGGUGUUCCUGAAAUGUGGUUGGAUUCUUCUCUUGGCAUUGCUUGCUGUUCUUCAGAGAAGCCUUUUAAACAUCUCUACCAACAUACAAACUUUCACAGCAGAAAAUACCUAGGACUUGCAUGAGAAACAAUAUUAAUCUAAAUGUUUCAAAUGUUUAGUUUUGUACUAAACUCAAUACAGUUACAUUUAGAGGAGAAAACUACUUUGCACCUUUGUCCAAACUGUAAAGUCACAAACAGACUUGCAAUAUGAAUAUGGGAUCUACAGACUUCAAAAAGGGAUGUGGCUAUGGUGUAGCCUGCUUGACUGUGCUUGGAAGCUUCUUGAUGUCGAGUUUUAGCAUCUAAUGGGUGUUUAAAAUGAGUGAGAAAUAAUCUGUAAAUGGGAGAAUAUCUCCUUUUAUUUUUUUGUGAAGACAACAAGAGUUUUUUCUAAUGCACAUGCUGUUUGAUUUUUGUAAAGGGAAGAUGGCCAGUUACCAGCCAGUAAAGCAGAGUUCUUGCAUAUUUUGACUUGCAUUCCCUAGUUGCUUCUCAUAAAGCCUGUAGUUUUAAGAGUUAAUUUCUUCUGUACCUGGCUUUGACUUCCAUAUAUUUUAGUAAAACAAAAAAAAAAAAAGAAAAUUUUGCACUGUUCAUUUUGCUCUCUUCCCUCACACAGCAAAUGUAAGAUAGCAAAACCUAGAAACUCUUGUUUUUUCAUUAUGCAACUUGAGAUGUUCCAGUUGUAUGUCUUAGUUCCUGUGUAUGGGACCUAUUUUUAAUGUCUCUGUAAACUGGCGAUGUAAUGAAGUGCUGUGUAUCAGGAAAUUGUACACUAUUUACCUUUUUUCCUGUUCAUAAGCUGAGCCAUAUGUACAUAAUCUAGAUUUUUGGUUUCCUAGUUUUGCACUUUUAUAGCCUAUUUUUUGAAGAUGAAUUCACUUGGAAAAUGGUUAAUCUAUUUUUUUGCGUGAUCUUUCAAUGAGUCUUAUAGAAUGCAUGCUGUAACGAUCAUCUGUGUACCUUACGGGGUUCUGUGAUUUAAAAGUACGGGGCUGGGUUUUAAAAUGUUUCAGCAAACAGACCUAAGACUUGUUUGUUUUUUAAUCUCCCUUCAUGCUGGUACAGUUUCCCUCAAGGCUUUUUUUGGGUAGGUAUCUUGGGGUUGGAAUGAAAAAUGGACAUGAAGAGACUUAUUUCAUGGCAGCGCAGCCCUGUACUUCAGAAUACACUUUGCCCAUCAGUAUUAACUAUUGGGAUACUACUGGUUUUGUAUGUUUUUUUUGGAAAUAACAGUGCAUAUAUAGAGGUACAAAUUGUUGAUUUUUUUUUUUUUUUUUUUCCUUUAUGUAUUUAUUUCAUUCCAUUUUGUUUUAUUUUAAUUGUUGAAACCGGAAGUCGUCAAGCAGUAGGCACACAUUACUCAUUUAAUUUAUGAUGUAUUUCACUUUAGUUGAGUAUAUUAUUACAUGUGGAUGUAAAUAUAGACUUGGUGUUUUGCAAAA